AUGGACGGACAGCGCAGCAACAGCAACAGCAGCAGACUCUCCCGUCCGCCCCAGGCAGCGGACAGGACGAGUGAGCCCAGCAGGCCUGCCAUGCCCGUCGCCAGGCCAGCGUCGCUGCGAAAUUUGCAGCGCGCCAUAAUCCGAAGGAAUAUCAUCACCUCGGGAAUGGUUAUUGCCCCCGUCAUGAGUAUCGCCCUGACGCUCAUGACCCACUAUAUGAAGCAGACGACGGGUGUCGAUGGCGACCCAGUGGCCAGGCGACUGUUUGUGGAGGACACCGUCAGCAGCGACGAGGACAGCGAGGGCGACGAGGACGAGGAGGAAGGAGAAGGAGAAGAUGACUACGACUAUGACGACGGCGGCAGCGAGGAAGAGGAAGGGGAAGGGGAUGGUGGAGAGGACGACGACCUAGACGACGAUAGCGACGACUACGAAGAUGACGACGACGACCAAGACAAGCGACGACGCGACGAAGCCGCUGCUGCCGUGGACUCGGGUAAAAGCCGCAGCAAGCCCUCGCCGGCACCGCUGAACCCUCACCACCACAAUCCCGUCAACGCGCCCGCUGGCGCCGUUGGACGGACCCCGCUUUCGCUGGACGAAACGGCAGCGCUGUGGCGGACCCUGCACUCGCAGACGCGGUCGCUGGCCCAGCAGCUGGAGCGACAGAAGAACUUGCCAGUGCAACAGCGCCCGCAACAGCGCCAGCAGCACCUGGAAACCCAGCCCCAGGUCCACCACCACCACCAACAACCGCCCAACCGGAACCGGCCGCUGGAGCACCAGAACCAGCCGCCCCGCCGCCCGGAGCGUCACCACCUCGACCGCCAAUCAAACGCGCCAGCACGUGUCGUGGUCCCCCAUCAGCCUCGAGCUCCAAUUGCCGCUCCUGCUGCUGCUGCUACUCCCCAUCCUCCUCCUCCUCCACCUCGCGUCACCCCAUUGAGCUCCUCCCACCUCACAUCACAUCAAUCCAUCCUCAAGCGCAAGGCCCCAACCACCCACGAAUCCAUCGCAAAGUGGCUCAAGACGGUCGAAUCCGCCCGCAUACCUUCGCAGUCACCCCUCAACUAA